GUUCCCGUUCUCCGACUGCGGGACAAUUUAAUUCUCGAGUCUCGAGUUUCGGACGGACAUCACCUUUACUUAUACUUCUCUUCAUAUCUACACACACUUCAACAAGACCAGCCAGACAAGCACAAUGGUCGCCGAAAUCAUCACCACCAUCUCCCCAACCACCAACAAACCCAUCCUCACCCGUCAUGGCCUACCGCCCGACGAGAUCCUGCGCCUCGGAGCGACCGCCCAAAAGGCAUUCAAAUCGUUCAACAAAUCCCACCCAACCCUCGAAUCCCGACAAAAGAUCAUAACCAAAGCCCUCGACAUCCUGCUCGAAAGACAAGAUGAACUCGCCCUCGAACUCACCGAACAAAUGGGCCGGCCCAUCGCAUACACAGCCAAGGAAAUUACCACGGCAGUCAAGCGCGCAGAGUACAUGAACCGCAUCGCCCCGAAAGUGCUGGGCAAAGAUAUCCCAGGUGAACCAGAGCAGGGUUUCAAACGAUACUUGCGCAGAGAGCCCGUGGGCGUGAUCCUCGUGAUAUCUGCCUGGAAUUACCCUUACCUCAUCCUCGUGAACAGUCUGAUCCCCGCGCUGCUGGCGGGAAACACCGUCAUCCUCAAACCCUCUCCCCAAACACCGACGAUAGUCGAGCAUAUCGUCGACAUCUUCAAGGCGGCGGGUCUACCGGGGAAUGUGAUACAGUACCUACACUGCGGGACACCCUUGGACCUCCGCCCACUCAUCCUCUCGCCUGACGUCAAUCACAUUUGUUUCACGGGCUCCGUGGCCGCUGGCAUAGCGAUUCAACAGAUCGCAGCGAGCCGUGUGUCUGUCAGCGUUGGUCUGGAACUAGGCGGCAAGGACCCCGCGUAUGUGCGAUCAGAUGUGGACGUGGCGUGGGCGGCUGAGGAGAUUGUCGACGGCGCUAUCUUCAAUUCUGGACAGUCAUGCUGCGCGCUCGAGAGGGUGUAUGUGCAUGAGGAGGUUUACGACGCUUUCAUAAAGGAGGUGCAAAAGGUGCUGGCGAAUUACAAAUUGGGUGAUCCUAUGGAUAAGACUACGCAUGUCGGGCCUGUGGUCUCGGUGCGUGCGAAAGAUGCGAUCCUCGCGCAGAUUGAGGAUGCGAAGAGCAAGGGGGCGAAGGACGAGACUCCUGAAAACAGCACGUUCGCUGCACCGCCGAAAGAAGGUAAUUUUGUGGCGCCGGUGCUUCUGACGGGCGUGAAUCACAGUAUGGAGGUCAUGCGUGAGGAGACGUUUGGACCGGUAAUUCCUGUGCAGAAGGUUUCUGGUGAUGACGAGGCUGUGGAGUUGAUGAAUGAUUCGCAGUUCGGGUUGACUGCUAGCAUUUGGACGAAGGAUGUUGAGAGGGGAGAGGAAUUGACGAGGUUGGUCGAGGCAGGGACCGUGUUUGUUAAUCGUGCGGAUUAUCCGAGUCCUGACCUUGCAUGGACGGGGUGGAAGGAUAGUGGGAAGGGAGUGACGUUAAGCCGAUUUGGGUUCGAACAGUUUGUGAAGAUCAAGAGUGUGCAUCUGAAGGAUUACCCGAAAUGAGUUUGACAGGUCAUCGUGUAUAGCGGUUAUGGCCUGGGGAAAGGGCUGGUUUAGACGGGUGUGAUAGACAAAAUCAAGCCUGUGCUGCAUGUUAGUAUGUCGAUACGGCAUGACGGUGUAGGUGUAUAGACUAUGCGAAGACAUGUUAUAGAACUAUUGCGCCAGCUAUGAGCAAUGCCUGAAUGAUGACUCCGAUAAAUGCUUAAGUUCGCGGAGGGAAGACACAUGUGAGUCGUGAUAUCUUCAUUUCAAAGCCGAGAUCGCUUCGACUGGGUAUUUGAUUCAUCAGCCUCUCUAUGAUCAACUAACU